AUGAGUGCAGCAAUCCUCCACCCUAGACGUGACACCCGUGAUUACACCACUGAACACGUCUACGAACUGCAAGACAUAACCCGAUUUUCCACCUGCUAUCGUGGACAGACCCCGUUUCUAGGGAAUGGGGCUUUAAAGACACAGAUCCUAGGUACACACAUUUAUACCCGGCUACGAAGCAGGAAACUAUUGAACGAGCGGAGGCUGGAUGCACGAGUCCUUAGUGGGUUCGACUCCGCUGCGGAAGUGCCGAGUGAUACUCUCUUAAGCAAGGAUACCGGUAAGUUCAAGAGCACCACGUUCGGCAAGCGCGAUCUUGGAGUCUUCAACCAUGUUCUAGACAUUCUAUCUGAGCCAGCGAAUGCAUCGCUGGCGUUUCAGUACCUAAACGCCUCUCGCAUUUCCGCGACAUGGGGCAAAGUCUGGAGGAGAAUACGUUUGCGAGGAAUGUGGAGUGGUAGCGAAGUAUAUACAGCAGGGAAACGCGUUUUUACAGUAUAUUAUGAAUUUGGGGAAGGGGGUGCGCGAUUUGGUGCAACAGGUUCAGGCUACGACUGGACGGAUGGAGCAUGGGUUGUCGAGUCUUUGAAUCAAAUUUGGGCGAAUGAACUUCCAGAUACCGUAUUUGGUACUAAGAAGUAG